AUGCCCAAUAAAGACCACGAAUACUGCCAAGACGAAGAAGUCAGUGUGUGGCAAGCUGCCGGUGAUCCACCUCGACAAAUGCGUAACAGUCCAACAAACGGUGUGUCCAGUGUCAGUGGCAUGGUUGCCCCAAUGGGACGUUACAAUAAUGCACCGGCACCACAGCCAAUUAUUUCCCAACCAAGAAUGCUCGUAUCCUAUCCACGUCGUGGCCGGAACAGCACAAUCUUGCCCAGACAGGCCAGCUAUGUUCCAGUGGUUCCGGUAGUGCCUGGACCGGGUGGUGGAAUGCGACGACCGGGCUACGGUUCAAAUCUGCGAGGUGGACCAUUCCGACUGAUGCAUACACCAAUACCGAACGGAGUACCCGCGGGGUCAAUGGGCAGAGGCUCACGCGGUCUAGGCAGAAAACCUAUACCGCCCCAUCGACGUAUGAACGGCAGUAUGGAUGAGCGUUGUUAUCAUGGUACAGGUNGAAUCAACACUAGCGGUGGAGUAUUUGUUUACCUACCCCCUGAGAUGGCCGCGGCAUACCAGUCAAGAGGUAUAAAUUUAGUUCCAGCCCGUGCCUCAAUGGGUCGACGACGAGCAACCGAACGACGAAGCACACCACGAGCAUCCAGUAGCGUGGAACCUGAAAUCGAUUGCAGCACACCGUACGAUUUUGAGACAGCGAAUGCGGAACUGGAAGCUGAAUUGGCUAAAAUCACAAUUAAUCCGGAUGGUGUUCCGACCGUGGCCACAUCGAGUACAGUAACAACCAAUUCUACCGGAGACGGUGUGAAGGCUGGGGCAAAUAGUACGAUCGCAUCCGGACAGCUUCGUUCGCCUGCAUCCGGCACGGGUGGAGUUUGUCAAGCAGCGGCAAACGGGAACGGUGCAUCUGGCGAUUCCUCCGUCGGUGCGGUUACUUCCACAGUCAACACAAGUGGAACACAAGGGGACGGAACUCCAACAGGACUUGACGGUAAUGGGCCUUUAGCGAAGUAA